GACCGAGGUGGCUAGUCUGGGUAUUUGAAUCGUGGUUCAGCCAUUUUCUACAGGGUAUUGAAGAGACUCGCAUACCUCUGGAAACGGUAAAACCAUAAAAUGGCUGCACAAGGUGGAGAACCCCAAGUUCAGUUUAAGCUUGUUCUAGUCGGAGAUGGAGGUACUGGCAAAACUACCUUUGUAAAACGUCACUUGACUGGAGAGUUUGAGAAGAAAUAUGUAGCUACCUUGGGAGUUGAGGUUCACCCGCUUGUGUUUCAUACAAACAGAGGCCCUAUUAAAUUCAAUGUCUGGGACACAGCUGGUCAAGAGAAAUUUGGUGGCCUUCGAGAUGGCUAUUAUAUUCAAGCUCAGUGUGCCAUUAUCAUGUUUGAUGUAACAUCAAGGGUAACAUACAAAAAUGUCCCCAACUGGCACAGAGAUUUGGUACGAGUCUGUGAGAAUAUCCCCAUUGUGUUGUGUGGCAACAAAGUCGACAUCAAAGACAGGAAGGUGAAGGCAAAGUCCAUUGUCUUCCAUAGAAAGAAGAACCUCCAGUAUUAUGACAUUUCUGCCAAAAGUAACUACAACUUUGAAAAGCCCUUCCUUUGGCUUGCCAGAAAGUUGAUUGGAGACCCUAACCUGGAGUUUGUGGCUAUGCCCGCAUUGGCACCACCAGAGGUUGUUAUGGAUCCAGCAUUGGCAGCACAGUACGAGCAAGAUUUACAGGUUGCUCAGUCUACUGCCCUGCCAGAUGAUGAGGAUGAUCUGUGAGUGGCUGGAGCCUGGCACCAGCAGUCUAGUUUUAUAGGCAGCUGUCUGUGAAAAUCUUGGUGGUGCAGCUUGUGUGCCACUGUAGCUCAACAAAACAUUUAUGUGCUUUAAACCCCCCCUCCCCCCUCCCCCGGAGAGGCUGAAGAGUGGAUUUCAGAGUGAACAUGUGGCAGUUUAAAACAAAAUCCAACCAUUGAUUCCUGCUACUUUGGACCUGCGUAAUGCUCGGCUUAUUGGACUGCAACUAUCCUGUUCGUUUUCCUUCUCUGUUUAAAUCUAAUUUAUAAGCCUUCUGCAGUAAAUACACAUUGGUGACACUUGUUACACUCUCCCCAUUUUUUUCCUUUUUGUUUAACAUAAUAAAGUUGUAUUUCAGUUUUGAAA